AAUCGUCUGAAGUUAUUCAAUUGGAAUGAAUUGGAACAAGCAUCAGGACGUUUUAUUUUCUUGUCUGUAUAUUUGCGUGUAUAAAAAAAAGUGACGUUUUUGGAGAGCAUAAUACUUUAUGGAUGCGUUUCAAACUCCAAUUCUGUGACCCUUUGAAGUGCAACUCAUAUCCUUGUUACAAAACAACAAAAGGUUUCGCACGUUAAUGUAGUUAUAUUGUAAUUACAAAUUCAAUAUGUUUUGGGCGAAUUCAUAUGUGUCAUCUCCUCAAGUUGAGGCUUUGUUAAGUAAACAGGAUUUUACCUUGUAUGAAUUAAUGGAUAUAGAUGAUAUUCUACAAGAAUGUAAAAGUCAAAAUAAAAAGCUAAUUGAAUUUAUAACAAGACCAGAUAUAAUGAAAGAAUUGGUUACGUUAACAACAAAGGAGCCUCCACUUGAUUUAGAAGAACGUAGACGUUAUAAAUAUCCGAAUGUUGCUUGUGAACUUCUCACUUGUGAUUUACCAUCAGUAAAUGAGAAAUUAGCAGGUGAUGAAGAUCUUUUAACGAAACUAUAUUCCUUUAUAGACACAGAAGAGCCUUUAAAUCCUCUACUAGCUUCAUUUUUCAGUAGAACAAUUGGUGUGUUAGUAGCAAGAGCAAGUGAUCAGAAUUGGUAUUCCUAUCAAUUCACCUGUUUACAGUUCUUAGAAUUUAUAAAAAGUCGUCAACGUUGCGUAGAACAACUUUUACAUCAUUUAGAAACAUCAGCAAUUAUGGACUUACUAUUGAAACUUGUAACUCAGGUCGAAGGAAGUGAUAUGCGACAAAAUAUAUUAACUUGGUUAGAUGAUCAAGAAUUGGUGCAACGUUUAAUUGGACUUCUUUCUCCUGAAUUAGGUUCGAAAAAACAUUCAAACGCAUCUCAAUUAAUCUGUGAUAUGAUUACAGAAGGAAGGGAGUACAAACAUAAUUUAACUGAACGCUCCGAACCAGAUCCCAUUCUUCAAAGAUUAGAAUCAGUAGAAACAGUUGAACUUAUUUUGAAGACUAUUUUAAAUGGAGAAAAAAUAGAGAGCAGUAUUAUUGGCGGAAUUCAAAUACUUCUAACUCUUUUGACACAAAAAACAAAAUGUGGUUCUUCAGACGCUGAUCGUGGUUCAAGUGGUUCUGAUGAUAUCGUUAGCGAUGAACAAUGUCAGAAAAUUAUAAAUGCCACGAUACCAUUUCUCGAAGAGCUUAAUAAACUUUUAUUGGAACCUCCUUACAAACCACCUGUAGAUACAACUGUUGGAUUAUUGGAAGUUCCACUUGGAAAUACUCGUCUUCAUGUUAUUAAAUUAUUUGUCGCUCUAAUAUCAACAGAAAAAUUAAUUGAAAAAACAGUUAGCAAUUUUCCAACAAUUGAAAAAUUAAUGGAACUUGGAACAUUCCAAAUACUUCUUGAUCUUUUUUUCAAAUAUUCUUUUAAUAAUUUCUUACACACACAAGUACAACAAUUUUAUCAAGUUGCAAUAAAUUGGUUUAAUCCUGAAAUUAAUGAGCUUAUUUUGGAAAAUGUAUUUAUAAAGUGUAAGUUAUUGGAACGAAUAAUGGAAUGCUGGAAGGAAAAUGGGGACAAAAAAAAUGAAAAAUCAAGUGUUAAACACGCCUAUAUGGGUCAUUUGAUUGAACUUGAAAAUCAUAUAGUGGAACAAUGUAAAAAAAAUGAGUCUUUCAAUGAUUUUCUCAAGACAAAAUUGCCUGAAGAAACAUUCAAUCAAUGGGAAACUUUUGUUGCUGAACAAUUGAGUGAAAUAAAUAAAAUUCAACGAAUAAUGUUGGGUGGACCUGCACAGGUAUAUAUGUCGGAGUCUGCAGAAAAAUCUGACGUUUACGCUUAUUCACAAGAAGUUUAUGCACAACAGGUAUAUUCUAAUUAUCAGGGACAACUAUUAGGAUCUCACUAUGUUUCAUAUUCAGUUCAUGAUGAAAAAUUCAUUGAUGGAGAUGAAGAUUUACACAGUAAUACAGUUGGUCAAUUGGGUACAAUAGAUUUUAUUCUCAAUGAUGAUGAUAUCAGCAAAGGAGAAGAUAUGUUUAGCAAGCUUUGCUUCGAAAAACGGAUAAAUUUUGGCGAAAAUAAUGAAAAACAAAAUUGGUGUUGGUCAGAAGAGGAUGAUGGUCCCUGUGACAUGGAAAUAGAUUCAAAUGAUGCUUCAGCAUUGCCACAAGUUAAUCCUUGGGGUGUUGAAUCAUCAGAAUUAAUUGAAGAGACAGGUUGGGCAAAUUUUGAUAAUUUCGAUUCAAAAUUAAGUAUCGAUAGUGAAAAAAAAUCGGAACCUUUUGUGGCAACGUUUCCGGAUUUAGUACAAACACCAACGCCAAAUUUAGCUGAAGAAACAAUUCAUGUACAGAAAAUUAGUUUAGAAGGAAAUUUAAAUGAUCCCAAAGCAAGUGGCGAUGAAAUUACGAUAAAUUCAACAGAAACUAAUUUAACGACGGAGAAUAUUGAGAAAACAACAACAACAACAACAAGUGUAGAUUCUGUAAAUACUCCAGAUAGUAAUGCCAAUCCUGUUACAAAUAGGAUGUCUGAAACUACGGAAAUUAAAGAGGAUGUAAAGGAUGUUAUACAAAAUUCAAUAGAGAAUGUAAUACCAUUGGCUGAACAAAGUACUACCGAUGUAGUUGAGAAUGCGCCUGUUGAUGAUAAUGUUUUAUAAAAAAUAAGAAAUGGGGGAAAAAAAUUUCUAUUAAGAUUUGGGAUAGCAAAUAGGACAAAUCAUAUCAGAUCGGUCUUACAUAAUUAUCAUAGCAUUCUAAUUCUCCCAAAAAAAAAAAAAAAUAUGGUGAUGGCGCAAUUUGUAUUCUAAAUUUUAAUAGUGUAGAAAAAAUAUCGAUAUUAAUUAAGUUCAUCGCGCUCAAUUCUUUAAUUGAUUUUUUAUUCUUCUCAUGAACUAUCUUCUUUGUUUUUUGUAAGUACAAAAAGUAAUAUUUCUCUCUUUCAUCGCUACAAUUUUUUUUGUUCUUUUGUCACACAUUGAUUGUUGAGAAUUCUUUAAAUUUUUAACUUGUAUGUAAGUAUGUAUGUAAUUUUUCACAUGAGAAAUGAAAUAGAAUAUUUUUUAACAAGAUUUAUUUCUCUCAUAUGUAAGAACUUUUUUGUAUUAAUAUUAUUAGAAAAUUGUAUUGAACUUUUCGUUAAAAGCAUUUAAAUGCAAUGGUAAAUAUUUUCAAAAACCUUGCUUUUUUUUUCAUUGAAAUGUUCUUGCAAUUAGGGGAAAAAGGGUUUAUUAUUUUUUUUUUCAAUUUAUUCUGACAUAUGGGAGAAGUAUAAGAGAUCUUUACAGUUGUACUAAGGUGCACCCAAAAGAAAUGAUAGCUUUAUUUUAAAAAUCCUCUUUUUUGUUUUAACUGAUAAAAAAAUUAUCGUUGAUUCGACAAAAAAUAUUUAAAUAUGUAUAAAUAUUUUAAACUAUAUUUAAGAAUUGUAAGUUAUAAAUUAAAAUUGUGUGCUUGUUGAGAAUUUUUGUUUUUUUUUUAAAGUGUAAUUUUAUUUUUAUGUUAAACUGGGCUUUCAAUGUUUGUUAUUGUUUGUAGUGGAUUUAAAAGAAAAAAAAUCUGUCAAUUUUUGAGACUCAGGCUUUAAUUUUAUUUGGGUCGCCUUAAAUUGUACGUAUAUUGAAUAUAUGAUGUGGCAUUAGAUCAGUAAAAAAAAAAAAAAAAAAAAUAUCUAAAGUACAAGACACAAAAGUGAAAUUCAAGAAUGCAUUAAUCCCUAAAUCAGAAUUCAAAUCAAUUGAUAUUUAAUUUUUUUUUCACAAUAAAUUGAAAAACGUUGUAAAUUUGCAACGAUAGAUAAAAAAAAAUAAUGAAUGCGAGGCUAUUAAAAGAAAAUCACAUAUAGUCCGAUAUUUCACAAUGAAUUUAGUGCUUUUGCUUUUUCGAAAGAUUAAACAGAAGUACUUAGGUACAGUGCCUACAAAUCGCUUGAACAUAUUCCUAUGCCACGGCAUGAUGUAUAAAAAAAAACACGUAUUUUUAUUAUGUUAUAGAUUAAUGAGUUAAAAUUGUCAAAGUACUUGUAAUCUAUAAAAAAAAUAUGCCUUUUGUUUGCAUUCCAAUAAAAAGUGUAAAAACUACAA